AUCGUUUAUAUAAACCACCAUACAUUCUCAAACCAAACAAACACAAUCACAUUUAACAUGGGAAGCAUUGUAGAUUGGCCCGAACCGGUGGUUUAUGUUCAAUCUUUGUCGGAAAGUGGGACCCUUGUGGUUCCAGACCAAUACAUCAAGCCACCACCGGAUAGGCCGACUACAUGGCUAACCGAUAUGAACAUACCGGUUAUUGAUAUGACCGGUUUGAUCAGUUCGCGUGAAGAAACCAUGAAACAAGUGUUCGAGGCGUGUCGUGAAUGGGGUUUUAUGCAACUGGUUAAUCAUGGUGUGAAGACGGAGUUACUUGAUGGGGCUAGAGACAUUUGGCAAGAGUUUUUUCAUGCACCAAUGGAGGUGAAAAAGAAGUAUGCAAACUCACCAAAGACUUAUGAAGGGUUUGGGAGUAGAUUAGGUGUUGAGAAAGGUGCAACUCUUGAUUGGAGUGAUUACUACUAUCUUAAUUAUCAUCCUAAUUGUCAUACAAAGUGGCCUGCUCAUCCACCUCAUCUAAGAGACAUUAUGGAAGAAUAUUCUAAAGAAAUACUAAGGUUAGGUGAGGUUUUAUUGAAGGUGUUCUCAAUAAACCUCGGAUUAGAAGAAGAUUGUCUUCAAAAUGCAUUUGGUGGGAAACACAUUGGAGCUUGCUUGAGAGCAAAUUUCUAUCCCAAGUGUCCGCAACCUGACUUGACCCUCGGGCUAUCUUCCCAUUCAGACCCUGGCGGUAUGACCUUUCUACUUCCUGAUAAGCGAGUCACUGGACUUCAAGUUCGAAAGGAUGACCAAUGGAUAACCGUUAAACCCGUACAUAAUGCCAUAAUUCUGAACAUUGGAGAUCAACUUCAGGUUUUAAGCAACGCAAAGUAUAAAAGUGUGGAGCAUAGAGUGGUAGUGAAUCCUAAUGAAGAGAGAGUUUCCUUGGCUUAUUUCUAUAAUCCCAGGAAUGAAAUGCUUAUUCAACCUAUAUCAGAACUUGUCACAUCCGAAAGUCCUGCACUUUAUCCACCAAUGAUAUUCGAAGAAUACAGACGUUUCAUUCGGACAAAGGGUCCACAAGGCAAACUUCAGGUGGAGUCUUUAAAAUCUACAAGAUAAUCACCAAUCCAUCAUCAUUUUCCUCCAACAUUUUUAUGUACUCCUGAUGAAGUUAACCCUGAUGGGGGUGGUAGGUUUGGAAGAGAAGAGACGAACAAAGAUCGAGUUAAUGAUAAUCAAGAAAAGAAGAUAAAAAGAUAAAGUUUGGUUGAGUUAAUUAGUAUCUAUAAGUUUGUUUGAGUUAAUUAGUAUCUAUUUGUCAAAGAAAAUGAAAGUUUGUGUGUUUAUGUUUAUCUAGUUGUUUAGUUGCUUAUUACUAGGAGUUAGACUCUUUAAAGGUUCUUUUGUUUAGUAAGGAAGAUAAGGUUCCUU